CGAUUGUCCUGAGAAAUCCCGGUUCAAAGGGGGUUAUUGUCAUUAGACCGUGCUGGCAUCGACUCUCUCUUUUUGUCUCCUCCUGGCUGGUCCUUUUGUGCUUGUCCCGCUCACAAGAAGCUCUUGCCCCUGGCUCUGCUGUCCUCUUCCUUUCUUCCAAAUAUUACUCGAGUUUUUGAGACUUGAUCGCAGCACUUUUGGGGGGUCAGUGGACAAGGGACAAACCAGCUUCCAUUACCUCUUUCGCACUUGCUUUAUACACGCCUACUUUCUUUCUCUCUGUUUUAGCCUCGCCUGUCGAAUCACGCAUAUACUAUAACCUUCUCAAAAUACCUAAUAUUUCGCAGUUCAGCGCGACCUCCCCGCAACCUCCCCUUCAACAUGUCCGCCACAUCCUCUACAUCUGAAAAAACACCAGAUGAUUCAUCCAAGCUGAAGACGUUCUUGUCCAUACUUCGAAAGUUUGUCGGAGUGGCUGACAUCGCCUCCGUCCGCUUCUCCUUGCCUGCACAUCUUCUGGAGCCGACGCCCAACUUGGAGUACUGGAAUUACUUGGAUAGACCGGAGGCUUUUGCAAGCAUCGGGCAGUCGGAUGAUCCUCUGGGACGGAUGCUUGAGGUUUUGAGGUUUUGGUUUACCAAGGACUUGAAAUACAUCAAGGGCAAGCCCUGCAAACCCUAUAAUUCCACACUCGGAGAAUUCUUCAGGUGUACCUGGGACGUGCAAAGUACACUUCCAGAAGUAUCACCAGCUUCCACUUCCAGUAUCAUAGAUGCAACUCCCAGCUCGAAGGAAAGCGAUGGCAAACCCGUCAAGGUAUGCUACUUGACAGAACAAACAUCUCAUCAUCCUCCAGUAUCAGCAUUCUACAUCGACUGUCCGGUGCGAGGAGUGACGGCUCGUGGUUUUGAUCAAAUCAGUGCCAAGUUUACAGGGACCAGCAUACGAGUCACUCCGGGCCAGCACAACUUAGGAAUAUUCAUCAAUCUUCAGAGCAGGAACAACGAGGAGUAUCAGUUGACUCAUCCCGCUGCACAUCUAGGUGGAUUGUUAAGAGGUGCUCUGGCCGUUACAGUCUCGGAUACGUGCUAUAUCACUUGCGCUCAUACGCGCAUUAAAGUCAUUCUACAGUAUUUGGAAGAGGGUUGGAUUGGCCGUGCUCAGAACAGAGUUGAGGGUGUCAUCUUUCGCUAUGACCCUGACAGCGAUACUAUUACAAGGAUCAAAGACGUACCUCAUGGGGAUAUCCUUGCCAAGAUCAGCGGCUCGUGGCACGGGCAACUUUUUUACACUUUGAAUGGCUCGAACGAGGCGAGCUUAUUGAUUGACAUCGCUCCUCUCUUUCCGGUUGUAAAGGCCCUACCGCCCGAUGAGGAGCAGCUCUCCAACGAAUCUCGAAAGUUUUGGUCGGCGGUCACUGAGGCUAUCUUGGACAAAAGAUAUAACCAGGCAACCAAACUCAAGCAGGAUAUAGAGGAACGCCAGCGACAAAGGGCCGCUGAACGUCAGAAGACGAACGACACAUGGCAACCGCGGUUCUUCACUGGCGCCGUAACGCCUCUCGGUAAACCAGAAUUAACCGAUGAAGGGAUGAGGGUACUUGAAGGACUACAUAAUCAUGACUACAAGCUAAAAGAGGGUGAAAAAAAAGGCGCAUGAUUGCGAGAACACCAUGGACUGUCCAAUGACAACAAUUUGGCCAGCUGGAUACUGUGGAUGCAUUCGCCACACCGCUUUAACAUUGAAGCUUUAUUCUAUGUCGUAUGUGUGCCUGCACGUUCUUUGGGAAAUAAAGAAAAAGCAUAUGUAGAGGCUGUCCAUCGACCGGGUUGGUCACUGGAGGAAUGCUGUGUUCGGCGGGUGUCAUAUAUAGUAUAAGAUUACUGCAGGUAGAUAGACAUUUCUAAUAUCACCAUGUGGCGCAGCGAGUGAAAGAUGCUAUGGCUGAACUACAACCGACUCCUGUGGAGCUCCUUUCGCUGAGCGAGAAUCAAG